AUUGCAGGAGGUGCUCUCAUUGUGCAAUCCAUAAGUUCUCCUUCUUGAGGAAGAAAGCAAGCGACACGAUGAAGUUCUGAGAAUACUCGAGGAUUUCAAAUGGCGAACUACAUCAGAGGCCAUUACAAUAGGACCCGAAGGACGUCUCCUCAUUCAAUCACUCUUUAUAUUUUCCUCCUCUUUGCUCUAUCGAUCAUCAUAUUCAUUUUUAACAGCAGGGACGUCUUUGAAGAUAACCCAAAAUCUCCCUUCUCAUUGGAGCCCGAGCAGAAGGAAGUCGGACAUAUUUGGGAUGCUCCAUAUAGCAAUGGUUUACGGCCCUGUAUCAAGCCUACUGCUAGAUAUAAAGCUGCACUGGGAUGGGAUCACUACUUGACAGUUAAAAGUAACGGGGGUUUAAAUCAGAUGCGCACUGGUAUAGCUGAUAUGGUUGCGGUGGCGCAUAUGAUGAAUGCAACUAUGGUGAUUCCUCAGUUGGACAAGCGUUCAUUCUGGAAAGACUCAAGUAUUUUCUCAGAUAUAUUUGAUGAACACCAUUUCAUCCAAAUGUUACAAGGAGAUGUCAGGAUUGUCAGAGCGCUUCCAAAAGAAUUAGAAUCUGCGCAUCGAGCCAGGAAGCACUUCACCUCCUGGUCCAGUAUGGGAUAUUAUACUGAGAUGAAGCAAUUAUGGAAUGAAAACCAGGUCAUUCAUGUUGCUAAAUCUGAUUCUCGGCUUGCAAACAAUGAUCUGCCUCUUGACAUUCAAAGACUUAGAUGCCGUGCUCUAUACCAUGCUCUUCGCUUUUCUCCUCCUAUUGAGAGCCUUGGAAAGCAAUACGUGAUAGUAAUACCACCACAGAAGCUUGUGGAGAGGAUGCGGUUACGGGACCCAAGAUAUGUUGCUCUUCAUUUGCGCUAUGAAAAGGAUAUGCUGUCUUUUACUGGGUGUACUUAUGGUCUUACUGAUCAAGAAGCCGAGGAGCUUAGAGUAAUGAGGGAGAAUACAAAUCAUUGGAAGAUGAAGAAUAUCAAUUCCACUGAGCAGAGAAUUGGCGGUUUAUGCCCACUUACGCCCAAGGAGGUUGGAAUUUUUCUUCAUGCUCUUGGAUAUCCUAAGUCAACAUCAAUCUACAUCGCGGCUGGAGAAAUCUAUGGUGGUAACAGUCACCUUUUCGAGCUUACUUCCCGCUUUCCAAAUGUAGUUUCAAAGGAGAUGCUUGCAACCCAAGAGGAACUGAGACAGUUUUCCGGGCACGCAUCACAAAGUGCAGCAAUUGACUAUAUCAUCUCUAUUGAGAGUGAUGUUUUUAUUCCAUCACAUUCUGGUAACAUGGCAAGAACAGUUGAGGGGCAUCGUAGAUUCUUAGGCCACCGGAAGACGAUCACUCCUGACAGGAAAGGCCUUGUUGAAAUAUUUGAUCAGCUGGAAGCUGGGCAGCUUGAAGAAGGGCCAACUUUAUCACAUCUUGUGAACAGAUUGCACGAGGAUAGACAAGGUACUCCUAGAAAAAGAAAAGGUGCCCCGGCUGGAAUAAAAGGUCGGGCACGCUUCAGGUUUGAAGAACCUUUUUACCAAAAUCCAUACCCUGAAUGUAUAUGUGCUCCUAAGAGGCUUGCAAGAUGAGAGAGGGCAGGGACCCCCCUGGCUUCCCAGUUUUUCUUCUUGCAGUCUGUUCAAAUUAUAGAUUUCCUUCACGCAAGCGGUUACUCUAAUUAUCAGAAAUAAUUUUCUGUUUCUUACGCGAUGCGCAAUGCUCAAUUUGUGUUCUGCACUAAAAAUGUCCCUGUAUGUAAUCUUUGCUUCAAUUGACUAUAACAGAAAAGGAAGUGGUAUUUGAAGUUUGACGAAAAUUCUAUGAUAGUAGAGAAGAAAU